UGAAGUUGCAAAUGCGCACUGUGUUGUGGCGAUCUUUAUCAAUUAUUGUAUUUAGCUAACAAUCUUCGUUAGUGCAUAUUCUAUUUUUUAUUUGAUACAUUCCCAACAUGUCUGGCCGUGAAGGUGGUAAAAAGAAGCCUCUGAAGGCGCCCAAGAAGGAGUCCAAGGAGCUGGACGACGACGACCUGGCCCACAAGGCCAAGCUCAAGGAGCAGCAGAAGGCUCUGGCCGAUGCGAAAGCAAAGGCAACCCAAAAAGGUCCCCUCGCACAAGGUGGAAUAAAGAAAUCUGGCAAGAAGUGACACAACUCAAUGUUGAACUACUGUUUAAGUUAUAGGCUGUAAUAAAUUCUUAUGUAAGAACUAUUAAAGAUCUUCCGUAAAAUGUAUACAUUUA